CCAUCUUGAACUGGCGUUUGGCAACUCUGUACAUCGCUUGAACCCCCCAAAGCAUGUCAUUGCCGCUAUUCACAACUUCAUCUUCACAGUAACGCAAGGCCCGUCGAUAUGAUACAUUCUUUUUGACUAAUUCUUUUCUAUCAAGCGUGUUCUUCUUUUUUGUUGUGAUACCCCCAUUGACUGGGGUUCCCUUCUUUCCGCCCGUUGAUAUUCGAUUCUGCCAACUGACCAUAUCCACUCUUGUUCACCAUGGCCGUCAAAGGCGCCACCGAGGCCCUCGUUGCGGCUUUCACUUUUGGUCUUGUAUUAUACGCCGCGACGGCGGCUCUCGCUCUCUACGCAAAAGGUCAUGGCACUGCGAUACUUCGGGACGGCCAGAGGCUGGUCCUCGUCGGUUUUCUGUCGACCGCUGCCCUGUGGGCACUUAGCGAUUUUAUUUCUAUUCUACUCAAAGUCGACAACUCGUCGACACAUUGCCAGAUCGGCAUAAUAUUCGCUACCAUCUUCGACCAACUUGCCCGAUUUUCCAUCGAACAAUACCUUCACUGGGCGCAGAACACAGGGGAGAAGGUAUCCGCCGUGCAGAUCAUCGCCCAACUCCUAAUACUCGGUCGACUCGUUGCUGGAGGCGUGUUUGUUGGAUUCACUCGACCCCAAACCGAUUCUUUCUGCGUCGCUGCCUCUUCCGAACUUCCCAUUUCGAUUGCCGUCAUUUCCAUGGACGCCGCCAUUUUCUUUUGUCUCAUCUCACGCGCCUUGGCCCAGAACACUCAGCUCAACACCGAAUCUCAGGACGCUAGGCGGAAGGCGCUGUUUUGGGUUAUGUUUGGUCUGGCUGUUUGGAUCGCGACCAGCGUAACCUUACACCUUGGUUUCCGUUAUGUUGCCCUUGUGGUCAGAACCGCUCUGCCUGCCAUCGGCCUGACCAUCCUAAUCAUCAUCCUUACUGUCUGCUCUGGCACCCUCGGCUCCGCCAGCAUGUUGCGAUCCAAAUCUCCCGAAGCGCUCUCUCCUCGUCGUGUCGAAAUCAGUCGCGAUAUCUCCUCAUCCGAUCCCUACUUUCCCGGCGGUAAUUACCAAGAUGUCAAGGACGCAGCCAUCAGGUCCGAGACAGCAUUCAUCAACCCUAGAGAGGCACCAGCGACAAACAACCAACCUACUUAUGGACUCCCGACGAUCUCGCUGCCCAUCACUGGAGUGGCUGGCAUGGGCGGAGUUCCUAUUGAAGGACAGCUGUUUCCGCCUAUCCGAGCAAAUACCGCCCCUACGGUUCGAAGGAACAGGUCCGUUAAGGCUGCUGUUGGUCUCCAUAAGGGCAGCCUCCAUAAGAAGGGGGCUUCGGCCGGUGCAAGGUUGCAGAUCAGCAAUCCCAUUCUCCAGGACACCGGCAAAAGUCCGCUCGAUAAGAUUCCUACUGUGGACCUGCAGGAUGCCAUGAGGGCAGAGAGGGAGCGAAGGGAGAAGUUGCUCAGGCAAACGAGCCAGGCCAAGAGGGAGAUGAAUAUGCAGCCGUCAGCAAUGGAUCCCAGAGAGGGCGUGAACAGAGCUGUGAGCUUGAAGAGAAAGGAGGUUGGAUCACCAGUUUCGUCCGGCUCUUCUCUUCGUCCGGAAAACAUGGGGAUGAGUUCUUCAACACAACUGUCGCCAGGAACGAGUGGAAUCAGGCAAAGAUCACCGCGCCAGUCGCCAAAACCAUCAGAGGCCUCGAGACAGUCCACUUUCCCGUCUCGAUCCGUGUCCCCUCCCGAGGACUUCGAACAACCGCUGCCGAAUCUCGAUAUCCGUCCUUCGAGACAGUUACCUCCCUCCCCUCCCGCGCCACCACAGGAGAGGCCCUUGACUGUACUUCAAAGGCGACCCACUACUGGCUUGCCAUCAAACCCCAAAUCCAGAGCAUUGAACCUAGAACAGGAUGCACCCGGCGCAGAACGUCAGCAGACUGUUCUUUUCCUUAAUAAUGUCAUCUAUGACGACCCCGCCCUUGUACAUGACAUUCUGCAGGGUUCCGAUGACAGGACCAUCAACAAGCCUCAAUCUCCUGGGACCCCUGAAUCGGUUGUACACCGACCUCGGCCCAUUCCGAGAAAGGUGGCCGAUCCUAAUCCUUUUGCCGGGCAUAGGAGGAGUAAAUCUAGCGGCUCGUUAGUGAAGAAGUCCGUGUAUAUGUCCGAAGACAUGCCGCCGCCCCCCGCUCCUCCGAAGAGUGCAGGUGCAGGAACUCGCCCGCAACCGAACCGGACCAGGAGCAUGACGGUCACCGAGAAAAUCGCACGCAUGUACCCUGGUGAGAUGCCAAAUAAAAUGCCACCAGUUCCCGAGGUUCCUGCUGUUGCCAGUUCCUACCUUCAAUCUCCCUCUUCAGUGGACUCCGAGGAGGUGCGCCAGCCGAGCCAACCAACAAAAACCACAGCCAAGACCGAGAACAUUUCUACCAUCGUUGAGGAGUCGAGAAACGGUACCGAAAGCAAGUACGAGACAGAUAUGGCGGCAAAGCGGGCAUCAUCCCCAGUUAUUCCUGUCAAUCCACCACGAGAGUCGAUGUAUAGUGAGGGUUCGCAAUCGCCUGAUGAGGCCGAUACAACCUGGAGCUCCGUCCGCUAUACACAAGUCACUGUUGGCCUUGCUGUGGCCCAACCUAUGCCUCGGCCAGUGGUAAAGACUGUUCGUCAGGAGAGCGAAACCAAGCUUCAACCUGAGGUUCCUCCAGCCAGUCAAGAACCUGCAAAGGAAGUGAAGCGCCCAGAAGUCAACACUGCGGUCGUAAACAAGCCAGCACCCAAGCAAACCUCUCCAGUGCAAGCUCGCCGGGUCGGUGACAAGUGCCCCGUUUUCUCUGAUAGGAAGUCAAGAAUCAGGAUGCCACCUCCUUCCCCUCUGCCGUUGAACGGGCCUCGCAAGAACACGGUCAUGGUUCAGGCCGAGCCUUCACCCCUUGAGUCUCCAGAACAUGCACUCCGCCAGAUUCAGGAACAGCUUAAGAAGUUUGAAGAGCCCGUGACCGGGGCUUACUCGAAGGACCACACUGAACGCCUCGCGCUACUUGAGGAUUUGGAGAAGGAGAUGGGUAUUCACGAGAAUCACUGGCAGGAAAUGAAGCAUGAUAUGGGCCGUGAUUCGUUGUGCAGCAUGCAGACCAACUCUCCGGCUAACAGAAACUCACGAUACGAUUCUACUGUUGGCAGCAUUGUCAUUGGACACGGUCCGGCUGUUGGAGCCAUGGCCGCUGAACGCAGGGCUUCUCGCCAGACGAUGUUGCGCAAUAGUGGCAGCUACAAUCCCAACAGACUCUCGAGAGAUGCUGUCAAGUCACACAUGAGCAUCUGGCAGAAGCGUCUGACGGAGGCGCAUAUCGACUAUAUGGAGACAGCAGCUGAGAGACUCCGUCAACCCAGCGGCAACUUCUUGCCUAUUCCGCUGCCUAAUGUCCAGCUUGGUAGCCCUACUCCUCCUGACUCUGAUGUCUCUGGUGAUGAUGAUUCGGUUCUAUCCGCUCAGCUGGAUGCUGUGUCGAAUUGGCUGUCCAAGAAGGCAGUCAAGACCGUGUCCCUGUGGGCUCCGGCGCCGCAGGAGACUACUGUCGCGGCAAACCUUUUGUGGACGCCCGUGCCUAAGGCUUCACCUACUUCCACGAUCGCGACAUCGGAGGUUCAAACCUUUGUCCGGCCUGCGGCUCGCAAGGACCUGUCUCCCCUUAGAAUCACCAGCAUGCAGUUGUGGUCCAAGCCUACAGUGAAUGUGAAGAAGGCCCCUUCACUCUGGACGCCUCCUGUCCCGGUGCAGAUUUUGGAGACAAAUGCACUGUGGGCGCAUAUUCCCAAGGUUGCAAGUGAAUGCCCGACGCCUCUCCCGGAGGCCGAUGCAUUUGUCCGUCCUGCGACGCGGAAGGUUCUGGCCCCUCUUGAGAUCACGAGCACUCGCCUGUGGAAGAAGGCUGAACAUGAAAAGAAGCCUUCACUCUGGACCCCGCCACCCAAGGUUUCUGCCGUCACGACAAACCGUUUGUGGUCGCCUCCUCCCAAGGUUCUCGAGGCCCCUUCACUGGUACUUGAUCUCCCUGAUAUUUUUACCCGUCCUGCGGCUAGAAAAGAUCUUGCUCACCUCCAAAUCUCCUCCAAAUAUCUCUGGCGUAAACCAUACACCAGCACCAAGGAGACCACCGGACUUUGGCGACCUUCCUGGGCUUCUGUCGCCCCUCCCGCUGACUUCAAGCGUCUCUCUUUGCAAGAAACUCCCCAACCGCAACCUCAAAAGGCUCCGCGACCCGUAACCCAACGCCCUCCUCGUCGCAACAAGCGUGUCAGCGCUCUUCCCGACAUCCUCGAAAACCCCGAGCCUCUUCCCGACAAGCGCGGCACCCUUGGUCUCUUCCAAUUCCCCUGGGGCGAGAAGUCCGACACCGCUACCAUGCCUCAACCGCGUCCAUUCGGUCGCUCCAUGCCCGGCACCAUGAGCUCCGGAGUCCCUUCUCUUAGGGCGUCGUCCACUCCCGACUACUCCGGAACCUCCUUCUUCGACGAUUACGACGAUGAAGAUCCCGAGUCCGACUAUGAGCGCGAGGAAAGCGAUGAUGAAGACGACUUCGACGAGACGACUCUCUGGGAAAUUGCCAGCCUCCUGAACUCGACUGCUGUCCCCUCGAGGAACAGCCUCUUCCUUUCCGCCACUCCUGCCUACAGCGUCGAUGAGUACUACGACGGCGGCAGCGGCAGCAGCCACCAGGAGCAAUCCGCCUCUGCGUCCGCCACCGACAUUGACGAAGAUGAUGAUGCUUCCAGUGAGCAUUCAAUCCUGAUCGGCCUUGCCGAGGAUCAUCCCCAUGAUGACCAAGAACAUGUUGCUGAACAAUAUGAUCACCAAGGAUUUUUACAAAUGCAGGACACUGCCGACUCCACUCCUUCAACCCUGGACCAGGGAGCCCAGGCCGUCGUCGCCACCCGUGCCGCAUUGGCCGAUGACUCGGCGCCCGCACCAGCUCCGCCCCGAGUGGAGACCAGCGAAAACCAAGCCGUGGAGACGCGCCUGCAAAUCUCGACCGGCCUAUGGAGCCCCGGUGAAUCACCCGAAAAUAAGACUUUGUCUUCACCUCGCUCGGCAGAAACAAAAGGUCUCUUUGUCCUGGGCCGUGAGUCGACGUCCGACAACCGCACCACCGAGCAGGAGCCGGCCGCCGUCAACAUGCACCGCACACCCCAGGGUAAGGCUGCCGACUCAUGGAGGCCGUUGGAUCGGCUCAUGUCCGACAGCCUCUGGACGCCCGAAGCCGCUGCCGCUAAGGGCGUUAGCAGACAGGUGUUCCAGCACUGGAUCACUCUGAGCCUAGCGGCCAAUGCCCAGGUCGACAAGGCUGAGGCUGCACGUCUGCCUCGUCCUCAGGCUACCCCCGCGGAUCUGAAGGAGGCUCUCAUCGCCAGCGGUUAUCCCCUCAAUAUCAACAAGACCGUCAGCGGCCGCAUCACCGCCACCCCUGCCGACUGGGCUGCUGCCCUUGAGGAGGCCAUCCAGGCUUCCAUCAUCAAGUCUGCCGGCCCGGUCUUCAACUCGGCCAUCCGUCACCCCGUCUUCGCCGGCUCAUCCCUCACCACCACCUCCGAGUGGUUCCACCCCGCCGCCACAGGCUACACCUACGACGCCGCCUGUGUCCACCCCGUCUUCUUCGGCUCUCUCGCCAUCACCUGCCCCGAGGAGUCCGUCCACCCGGCCAUGUCCGCCUACGCUCACAAGAAGCUUCGUCGUCAUCAGCGCUCGGGCUCGUCCGCUUCCAGAUCUCACUCCCGCUCUGCCAGCACUUCCUCCACCACCUCCCGCAAGAACAGCCGCAGCCACUCCAGCAGCAGCGGCAAGAAGCGGAGGGAGUCCAUCAUCGCUCAGAUCCAUGCCAUCGAGGCGGAGAUGGGUCUCAUCCCCGAGGAAUCUGCCGUCGUGCCUGACGUCCCGGAGGUCCCGUCACUUGAUGAGAUCGAAGCCUCUCGCAAGGCCAAGAUCCAAGCCCAGAUCGAAGCUCUGGAGCAAGAGAAGUUGUUCGCUCAGCAGGUCGCCCGCGAAAGCUCCGUGGCUAGGCGUCGCGGUAGCUCCAGCGUGUCUCAUGCCACCACCGCCAGCGGCACCACCAACUCGGAAAACGACGGCCCCGCUUCCAUGGACUCCUUUCCCCUGAGCCAGCGUCCCUCCACGGCCACUAGCGUUGACUUGGAGCAUGAUCAGGAGGAGAAGUCCAUCGACGUCCCCGAACUCACCAUCUCCUCCCCCUCCCCCAGCACCCCCAGCCAAGCCGACAACGGCCUCUGGACAGCCCCCUCCCCCCUCCCCCAACCCACCCCCUCGCCAAUCCCCACCCUCUGGACUUCUCCCCCCUCCCCCGCUUCUCCUUUUGAGUCGUACGAAGACUCUCUCCCCUCGCCAAAGCUCCUUUGGCAACCCAAGGCCGGCAAACCCGAAAUCAUCGCUAAGACCGAUGAGGAUCGCGAGGCGCAUGAGCGCAGGGCGAUGGGACGUAAGGGUCUGUUGACUAUGCAGAGGAAGGCGGAGAUUCUGGAGCAGAUUCAGGCGUUGGAGAACGGGGAUGUUACUGCUGUGAAGGGUCUUUGGACUAAGACUGAGGUGGUCAAGGUUGAGAGGGAUUGGAUGGCCACGCAGUUGAGUGGUGAGCUGUCACCUUAGUGCUGUGAUGGCUGUGAUGGCUGUGUGAUGAUGGAAUGAAAUGGCUGGCUUGGCUUGUUGAUUUGGUGUUAUUGUUGUUGCGGAAACGGCACCGGGCC